AUGGGGAUAGCGGGUACGACCGAUGACGGUACGGUCGACGUGGAUGAAGAUUCCGAGAAGGUUCCUGCCGCUUCGAUUCUUCCUUCGACAGAUGUGGAUGGAAAGGGAGCAACGAAUCUUGACCGUGCAGCUGCGACUGCUGCUGCUAGCGGAGCAGCGUCAGCUUCUAACGCGGAUAAUUUGGCCGCUACAGUGACAACAUUCGUCAGUACUAGCACUCAGGACAUCAGCUCUCCAGCACGUCAGGACCUUGACGCAUCUGACGGUGUAGGUUCGUCCCGUCAACCGUCCGGUCCCCUUGCAUUCGCCACCGCUUCUCUUACCGCGGACAAACCUCUUCGAGAUGCUGACCAGGAGCUAAUACCGCGUACGAUCGCUCCGCCUGCUGACAUCUCGGCGUCUCCGCCUGCAGUAGCGGCGGGUGAGGGGGACGCGGGAGAGUCCGCGGAAGGGGAGGUGAAGGCGGAAGAUUCGGCGAAAGGGGAAUGGGAGGCGGAGGAAGAGGUGAAGGAGAAGGCGGAAGAGAUGGAGGGGGAGAUGAGGGAAGGUGGAGUUGUGAAGAGAGAGCGUGUGGGGGGCAGUCGCAUUGAAACCGACGGUGUGUUUGGAGGUAAUGCGCAGGGCGAUGCAAAGAGCAGCAAGGCGGAAACGGGUAUCACCCAAGGGGAGGGUAAGGCACACGGAAGACAAAGGAACCAGGAGGUGCAGCAGCAGGGGGAGGAGGAGGAGGAGGAGGAGGAGAAGCUAUCAUCACAGCCGUUGGUGGAGGUGGCAUCUGCAGAUAAGGAGAAGAACGCAGGGCACCAGGAGCACAAGGAGCAGCAGCUUCCUCCAGUGGUGGAGGUGGUAUCUGCAGAUAAGGAGAAGAACGCAGGGCGCCAGCAGCACCAGGAGGAGCAGCAGGAGGAGCAGCAGGAGCAGCUUCCUUCCGUGGUUGAGCUGGUCUCUGCAGGGGGGGAAUCACCCCAGCAGGGACAGUGUGUGGUGUUGCCAGUGGACGCAGUCGUGUGCGUUGAACAACCGCUGCCUGCUCUGGAGUCGACUGGAAAGUCACUGCCUGCUCUGGAGUCGACCGGAAAGUCACUGCCUGCUCUGGAGUCGACCGGAAAGUCACUGCCUGCUCUGGAGUCGACCGGAAAGUCGCCGCCUGCGGAUGCUGUUGCGUGCAUUGAGCUGCCUUCUGUUGAUUCAACGCAGAUUGCACUGCCAGUCGGUGCAGUCGUGUGUGUUGCGCCGCCUGCUCUGAAAGGUUCAACUCAAGAUGUGCUUCCUCUGGACGCAGCCGUGUGUCUUGAAGCGCCUGCACCCGAUUCAACUCAGAAGCCACUGCCACUGGACGCAGUUGUGUGCAUUGAAGCGCCUGCACCCGAUUCAACUCAGAAGCCACUGCCACUGGAUGCUGUCGUUUGCGUUGAGCCGCCUGCCCUGAGCUCAAUGCAAGAUGCGCUUCCACUGGACGCAGUCGUGUGUGUUGAAGCGCCUGCUCUCGUAUGUGGACCGAUUGCCCCUGUUCAGCCUGUUGCACCGUCUCCUUUGGCAGUGCUGCCGGCCUACACGCCUGCUGUGUCGGUGGUAUCUGACGGCGCUGAUUCGUCCCAGCAGACGCUGCUGCCGCCGCCACCGCCAGUGGUUGAGGUGGUUUUGAGUGGUGCUGAUGGGUCAGGUUCGGCUGCUGCUGUGCUGCCGGCCUACACGCCUGCUGUGACGGUGGUAUCUGACGACGCAGCGUCCUCCGAACAGCCUCUGCUGCCGCUGCCUCCAGCAGUCGUUGAGGUGGUUUCGAGUGGGGCGGACGGUGCAGCCUCUGUUGCUGUGCUUACAAGUGAGGCUCUGCUGACUGCCAGUGGGAUCGUCAGUGUUGUGCGCGCUGGCAGUGAGGAGAGGGCAUGCGAGGAGCAGGAAGAGGGGGCAGGCGGUGAGCUGGAGAAGGAGGGGAAGGAGGAGGAGAAGUCAGUGCCUGCUGCUGUGCUUCAUCCGGGGGAGGCUCUGCGGACUGUCAGUGGGAUCGUCAGUGUUGUGCGUGCUGGCAGUGAGGAGAGGAUCGGCGCGGAGCAGAAAGAGCUGGAGAGGAGUAGGAAUGCGGAGCAUGCGAAGGCAGUGAGUAGGACGGUGGAGGAGGGGGGAAAGAUGCAGGAGAAACAGGAGGAUGAAAGUGGGCACAGAGGCGCAGUUGCUGAGGAGGAGACGAAUGGAGCGGGGCAGGCGAAGCGGGCACAGGAGGAGCAGGCACUACCUUUGAAAGAGGGAGCCUCGGGCCGGGAGGAUGCUGAGGGGGAGAAGGAGAAGGAGAAGGAGAAGGAGAAGGAGAAGGAGAAGGAGAAGGAGAAGGAGAAGGAGAAGGAGAAGGAGAAGGAGAAGGAGAAGGAGAAGGAGAAGGAGAAGGAGAAGGAGAAGGAGAAGGAGAAAGAGCAAUUGAAGGAGGCGAAGGAAAAGGAGGAGGGGAAGGAGAAGGGGAAGAAGACGAGGGGGGUAGAGGGUGGCAAUGGCAAGGGGGAGUUGUUGGAAUGUAGCAAGGGAGAGAAUGAGGCACUUGAGUUGACUCAAGCGGAUGGUGAGGAGGUGGAGGAGAAGGGUGGCGACGGGACGAGCGAUGAGGGAGUGGUGGUGGGGAAUAGGAAGGGUGGGGAAGAGAGGGAUGAGAAGAUUGUUGAGAGCAAAAGCAAGAGGGCAGCUGGGGGUGAUGGGAGUGGUGAGAAUGAAGACUUAGGUGAGAAUGAAGACGUAGGUGAGAAGGACGAGAGAGGUGUACUAGAUGAGGCUGCGAGCGAUGAGGUGAGGGAAUUAGGGAAAGAGGAGGGAGGAUUGGGGAAGCAGGAUGGUACCAUUGAGGAUACGGAAGGGAUGGAGGUAGAUGAUAAGAGGGGCGAGGAGAAGGGAGAGGAGAAGGGUGAGGAGAAGGGAGAGGAGAGUGGGGGUAGAGAGGAGAUGGAGGAAGAGAAGGUGGAGAAGCGAGAGGAGGGAGGGAAGGAGAAGGGAGAGGGGAAAGGGAAUGAGGAGAAGGGAGUGGAGGGAGAGGAGAGAGGAAAGGAGGAGAAGAGAGGAGAGGGAAGGGAGUCGAUGGAAGGGAAUGCGGGUGUUGCUGAGGGGGAUGGUGUUGCGAGUGGCAAUGCCGAUGCCUCACAGUUAGGCCCCAGUGAUGAGGGGGACGAUGCAAUGAUGAUUGAUGAGAAGAGAGGAGAGCAGAGGCACGUGGCAGAAGGGAGUAGAGAGAGGGAAAGGCGAGAAGAUGCCGAGGAGGAAGGGAGCAAGAAGGGCGAAGGCGAGGGUGGUAGAGGGAGUCAGCAGCUGACUUUGGCUUCGACCGAAGAAGGGAAGGAGCCUGAAGGAGUGGGUUUAGCUGCAGCGACGGAUAGCCCUAUAGUUCCCACUCCAACUGAUGCAGAUGCUCCUGCUGCUCCUGCUGCUCCUGCUCCUGCUGCUGCUGCUGCUGCUGCUGCUGCUGCUGCUGCUGCGGAUUCUCCUGCGGAAGCAGCAGCUGCAGCAGCAGCUUUUCCUGGUGCGGCAGGUCCAGCUACAGAGGGUGUGGGGGGGGUGGUUACAAAGAGGAACGAGGGGAGGAAGAUGCGGGAGUGGGACGAGCGGAUGCAUGCAUGGGAUGGCAUCAUGCGCGCAUGGCAUGGCCGCAUGGUGGCGUGGACAGGGGUCAUGGAUGCUUGGCGGGCGCACAGGCGAGAGCAGAGACGGGAACAGAGGCGCACACAGAAGCAGAAGCGGAAGGAAGAGCAGAAGGAAGUGCAGACAGGAGAGGAGAUGGUAGAUGACAAGGGGCGUGUUGCGGCCGCUGCUGGAGCCAGCAGCGAUGCUUAUGUUUCUGGGGAUAGUGACUCCAGUGGUAGUGACAGUAGCGAGGAUGAUACUACUGAGGUCUUGCAGCUCGGUGGUAUUGGGGAGGAGAGACCAUCUGGGACGGAGCUAGCGAUAGUGCCUGUGGAAACAGGCUAUGAAGGGAAUGCUGGCUACGAGGGGAAUGUGCUGUAUGAGCGUGCGCUGGUUGCCGGAGGAGGAGUGUAUGGGGCCGGUGACGAGCAGAGAAUAGGGGGUGGAGGUGUGGGGAGGGGAGGGAUGGGGGUGGGGGAGAGUAAAGUAGGGAGCAGUGGUGGGAAGGGGUUGGGCAGGAGCAGGCGCAGGAGCAGAGGGAAGGGUGUGGAGGGGAGUCCUGGGAAGAAGACGAGAGAGGACGCAGUGGCAGGCACACGGGAGGAGCACCUUUACCACCACUAUAACCAGCAGCAGCAAGUGCAGGGUUACAUGGAAUACCAAGGGCAGGAGCCGCAGAAUGGGAGCGCAGCAGCAGCAGCAGCAGCAGCAGCAGCGCAGGGCAGUGGGAGUCACAACUCGGGAGGCCACGGCCGUGGGGACGGGCACAGCAGUGGCGGGGGUGGAGGAGGAGGGGGAGCAGGAGCGGGAGCAGCAACAGCAGGUGGGAAUCACGGCACCAGUGGACGCUCAUGGCAUUUCUCAGGAUACCCUGGCGUGUCUCGAAACGGGCGGAAAUGGUCGGCUAAGGUAUCUAUGAACUCUCAGCAGAGAGCCAGAUAUGGGGUGUGCCAGAACAUGCACUGCGGGCAGUGGGAGGAGGUGGAGCAAGCAGCAGCGGCGGCCGAAGCAGCGUGUUUUGUUUUCAAGGGAGGGAAGGGGCGGACGUGGAAGUUUCUUACUGAGCAGCAGAGGGAGGUGUUAGGGGGAAUGGAUCCGGAUGAGGGGAUGUGGCUGAUUAAGGCGAAGAGGUGGAGGGAGUGGAAUGAAUGGCAGCCGAAUAAGACUGGGUGGGUGAAGGGGAUGGGGUUGGCUGAGAGUGGGGAUGGGCAUGGGGUGGGGGGCGCGCAGCAGGAGGAGCACGGGGAGGGGGAGGGGAAUGAGGGGCACGGGAUGGGGGGACAUGAGGGGCAGGGGGAGGGGAAUGAGGGGCAGGGAGAGGGGGAGAGUCAGGAGGGUGAGCCGAUGAUGUUGGAGUGGCAUGAGGGGUGGGAGGGGAGGCAUGCGGAUGGGCAGAGGGAGGAACAGAGCGAGCAGGAGAGGGAGCAGCAGAGGGAGAGGGAGAAGGAGAGGGAGAAGGAGAAGGAGGAGAGGGAGAAGGAGAAGGAGAAGGAGAAGGAGAAGGAGAAGGAGAAGGAGAAGGAGAGGGAGAAGGAGAGGGAGAAGGAGAAGGAGAGGGAGAAGGAGAGGGAGAAGGAGAGGGAGAAAGAGAGGGAGAAAGAGAGGGAGAAGCAGGAGAAGGAGCAGCAGGAGAAGGAGAGACACCAGCAGGAAGGGUACACCCAUGCUACAGCAGAGCACACCCACCCUGUGGCGUCCAUUCGCGAGCUGCUGGCCAUGCCCCGCACCUUCUCUGUUCCCCCCCCUCCUCCUGCCGUGGACAAUGUGCCGAGUCAGCAGGGCCAACAUAGUCAACAGAGUCAACAGCAGCAGCACCCGCAGCAGCAGCAGCAGCAGCAGCAGCAGCAGCAGCAGCAGCAGCAGCAGCAGCAGGCACAGCAGCAGGUGCCAAGUUUCGUUCUCUCCCUCCCACCUGCAUCAACCCUGCCACUGCACCCUCCUCCGCUGCACCCCAGCUCUCAUGGUCCUAUUGCUGCUCCUACAGGUGCUGUUCCUGCUACUGCGGGCAGCAAUGCACCCUUCCCUUGGCUAUCUGUCCCCACGCCAGGGAGUGUGCUCCCACCUGCACAUUCACCUGCUCAUACCCCUGACCCGCACGCUGCUGCUGUUGCCGGUGCCACAGGUGCUGCUACAGCCGCGGGAACCACAGCAGACGGGCAGUCUGCCGCUCCUGCUACAGAAACCACCGCAGCUGCUGCAGCAGCAGCUGCAGCGUUGAACCCGGCGAAUCACGGCCCAAGACCAGCCUCGGGAUACCUCGGAGUGGUGAAGAGCGGUCGAAAGUGGGCCGUGCAACUAUCAAUGAACAUGAAGCAGCGAGCGAGCUACUCUGUAGGCCAUAUUCUCAACUGCGGAGUUUGGGACGACGUGGGGGAGGCAGCAAUCGCAGCAGAGGCAGCUUAUCUAGUGCUGAAAGGGGAGAAGAUCGAGUUUAGAUUGCUGAGUGAAGAGCAGAAGAGGAGGCUGAGGCAGAUGGGACCGGAUGAGGCAGUUAGGAUUAUUAAGGAGAGGAGGUGGAAGGUGUGGAGGGAUUGGCGGGCGGGGAAGGAGGGGGAUGGGACGGGGUGGUUUGUGGGGGAGGAGGGAGGGGAGGAGAGGGGGGAGGGAUGGAAGGUGGGGAUGGGAGAAGGGAGGGGAGAGAGGGGCCGGGAGGAGGAGGAGGAAGGAUGGGAGCGGCAGGAUGGGAUGGAGGAGGAGGAAGGGAGAGGGAGGGGGAGAAGGGGGGGAACGGAGGCUGUACCUGCAUAUACUCCUCUCUCCCUCCUUCCGCUGAGCCCCAUGCGUCAUCCCUCUCAUCCCUCCUCUGCCCGCUCCUCUCCUCCCUCCUCCUCGGCUCCUUCUCACUCAGAGCACGCUUUCCCUGGCCCUGCAGCAGCAGCAGCAGCAGCAAGAGACGACAGGGUCCUUCCAGAGUCGGGUACAGGAAGGGAGAAGCAGCACGGGCAGAAGCAGCAGAUUCAGAACGAGUUUGCGUCAUCCCUGUCGCUAUCCUUGAACGCCUCUCCUCCCAGCGACCAUGUGAGAGGCUCCGGGAGGAUGGCAAAGAGAGAGGAAGAGGAGGAGCGGGAGGAGGAAACUGGGAUGACAGGUAUGGCCUCAGGCAUGGGGCAUGAGUAUCACAGACACAGGGAGAAGCAGAAGGGGCACGAGAGGGGGCACGAGAUGGGGCACGAAAGGGGGCACGAGAGGGGGCACGAGAGGGGGCACGAGAGGGGGCACGAGAGGGGGCACGAGAGGGGGCACGAGAGGGGGCACGAGAGGGGGCACGGAAGGGGCCAUGGGAGGAGGCAUCACGGGGGAGAGCAUGAGCAUGAGCAUGAGCAGGAUAGCGAGCGUGAGUUCAAGAGGGCUCGACGCGCGCAUAGUGACGAGGAUGUGGCAAGCAGAGAGAAUGAGUAUAGCGAUGCUGCUGUGACACAGCGGGAACGAGAACGAGAACGAGAACGGGGACAGCAUGGGAGGGAGGCGCAUUACCCAGAGUCCUCGCAAGCUCUCGUUCUGAUUGGCUCUCCAGCGCACCGACACAGCACACAGGAGCAGCACAGCUCAGCGCCCAGUCACCGCGAGUCAGCGCUGGGCCAUGCUGACUCAGCGGCUGGUCAGCACGGGGCAGGGCCAGGUCACUCGACCCUGCCGCAACCCCCGGGGGAGGGGUACGCGUCUGGUUACUUUGGCGUGUUUCGUAACGGUAAGAAGUGGUCUGUGAAGGUUCCUAUGGACGCUAAGCAGAGAGCCUUAUAUGGGGUAUAUCAGAAGCUGCACUGUGGCCAAUGGGAGGAUCUAUAUGAAGCAGCAGCGGCGGCGGAGGCGGCUUAUUAUGUGUUCAAAGGGGAGGGGAAGAGGGAGUUUAGGUUCCUAACUGAAGGGCAGAGAGAGAUGUUGAGACAUAUGGGGGCGGAUACUGCUGUUUGGUUGGUCAGGGAGAAGCGGUGGGCUGAAUGGAAGGAGUGGAGAGGCGAGCGGGGGCCUAUUCAGGCCCACUUGCCACAGCAGCAGCUGCAGGAGCAGCAGGAGCAACAGCAGCACCGGCAGCACCAGCAGCAGCAGCAGCAGCAGCAGCAUCACCAACACCGGCCGCAACAGGAACAGCAGCAGCAGGCUAGCCAGGGGUGGUGGGAGGGGCGAAAUGAGGGUGGGCUGUUGAAAGCGAAGGAGGAGGAGAGGAAAGACGGAGAGGGGAGCGGCACCAAAAGCACCCCUACGAGCGCAGACGAGAGGGACCUAGCAGAAGGAGAGGAGGGUGAAGCAGGAGGUGGUGGUGCUGGUGGUGGGGGUGGGGGCGGUAACUCAAGCCAUGUCUCCUGGGCGUCGGGGUACUAUGGAGUGGCAAGAAACGGCCGGAAAUGGGCAGCGAAACUUUCGAUGAACGCUGACCAGAGGCAGAGGUACGCCGUAGGAAAAAGCAUCCACUGCGGGCAGUAUGAGGAAGUUUUGGAGGCGGCAGCGGCGGCCGAAGCGGCGAAUUUCGUGUUCAAGGGAGGGAAGGGGCGGACUUUCAAGUUUCUGACUGAGCAGCAGAGGGAGGUGCUAGGGGAAAUGGAUCCGGAUGAAGCGAUGGUGAUGAUUAAGAAUAAGACUUGGAAGGAUUGGAAGGACUGGCGGCCGGGAGGGGUUGUGGUGAGGGGAGAGGUGGAGGGAGGGGGAAGCGGGGGAGGGGCGGGAGUGGGGGAGGUGGCUGGAGGAGGGGGUGGGAUGGUGUCUGGGGUGAGGGAGAUGGGGAGUGGAGCAGGAGGGGGAGCCCUUGGGGGGAUGGAAGUAGGGGUUGGAGCAGGAGGUUUUGGAGGAGGAGUAGGGGCGGGGGCAGGCUCGGGAGUAGGUUCGGGAGCAGGUUCGGGAGCAGGGGGAGGAGUGGGAGGAGCAGCAGCAGCAGCAGCAGGGGGGUUUCCAAGCGGGUUUGUGCAUGGAAGGAUGGUGGUGGGGGGUGGGAUUCACGAGGAGAGAAUACAGUCAGGGAGCAUUCCCAUGCAGCCGGGAAGCAUUGCAAUGCAACCCGGAAAUGUCGCCAUGCAACCUGGUAGCAGUGGGAAUUUUCUUGCUUAUCCACCAGGGGUGGGGAAUGUGACUGGUGCACAGGGGGACACAGGAGGGGGAGCAGGGUGGGAGGAAGCAGCAGCAGAAGAAGUGGCAGCAGCAGAAGCAGCGGCAGCAGCAGCGGCAGCAGCAGCGUUUGCAUCAGCUUAUUCCAACUUGCAGCGAUGCUCCCAGUUCACACCUCCCCCACCCGCAAACACUUUUAAGGCUUCAGAGGCCUUGAGUGGGAUGCAGCAUGCAGCAGUGAAUCUCAAUCCAUUGUCCAUCCCUCCUGUGAAACUCACUCCGCCCUCCAACGCUGCGGCGAUUAUUGAGUCGGUUAAAAAAACAUUGAAACCCACACCAUCCUCCACCCCUACAGCAAAGUCCUCCCGCUCAUCCGGGUACUUUGGAGUGGUUCGGGUGGGUUCCAAGUGGUCCGUGAACCUCUUCCUUAGCCAGGCUCAGCAGACCAAGUAUGGUAUCAGAGCAUCAGCUCUCAACUGCGGGUCCUGGGAGGAAGGGGAGCUUCUAGAAGCCGCCGCAGCAGCAGAGGCGGCUUAUCUGGUGCUGAAAGGGGAGAGGGGGAUCGAGUUUAAGCAUGAGAGGCAUGCUCUGGAGGAGACGCCUGUGCAGGAGACCGUUUCAGUCACUUGUGAGAAUUCUCAAAAGGAGAUGCCAAGGGAGUUGUCUAGAGGUGUUUACCACGACAAGACACCGGUCGUUACGAAGAAAAAGCAGGCGAAUCCGUCUGGUUACAUCGGCGUUACGAAGAACUACAGUGCGUGGGCCGUGCGCGUCCCAUUAAACACAGAAAGGAGCGCCUUAUAUGGGGCAGGGAAGAAAUUUUACUGCGGGCAGUGGGAUGAAUUAGAAGCAGCGGGAGCAGCAGCGGAAGCCGCUUAUUUCGUGCUUAUAGGGGAGAAAGAGAUUCAAGAGCGGGGGAUUAAGCUGCGGCUUUUAACUGAGAGGCAGAAGGAGACGCUUAGGCAGAUGGAUCCGUUCGAAGCAGUGAAGAUGAUAAAAGAGAAGAAGUGGAAGGAGUGGAUGAAGUGGGUUCCUGAGGGAGUGACGGGUGCUGCUGCAGGUUGCUCGGAUAGAGGAGAUGUGCAACCGGCCGAUGGCUUGGAUAAUACGAGUAGUAGGAUUGUGGGCGGUGAGACGAUUUUUGUGGCGCAACCAGCCGAUGGCUUGCUUAAUACGAGUAGUAGGAUUGUGGGUGGCAGUGCAGUGAUGUUUGAGUUGGCUGAAAAGGCACCUCGGCUUGUGGGUGGUGGCAGCGAUGUAGUGCUGCAGAGGCAAAGGUGUGGGCAGUUGACCUCCCCGUUGCAGCAGCUGCCGUGUUUUGAGUCGACUCAAAACACCGAAAAGGCACCUCGGCUUGUGGGUGGUGGCAGCGAUGCGGCGCUGCAGAGGCAAAGGUGCGGGCAGUUGACCUCCCCGUUGCAGCAGCUGGCGGCGCAGGGGCACAAGCAGGAGAGGCAGCAGCAACUAGGGGAUCCGCACCCGCACCAACUCCUGCUGACGCUUCCUGACGAUUCCCCGCAGCAGCAGCAGCAGCAGCGAGGGCAACUAUUGCAAGAGCCACUCUCCUUGCCUUGCUCUUCUCUGCCCAAGAAUGCCAAGGGAGGAACGAAAGACCUUCUGACAGGUCACUACACAAUCAAGAAGGUCAGCAAGGGCGGCAGUACUGAAGGGUCUAGUAUAAGUAUCAUAAGCAGCAAUGGCACUGGUAGUGGUGGCACGAGCGACGGUGCAAGCAGUGGUGCUGGUAGUGCUGAGAGCAAGUGGCAGGCGGUGUUAAAUUUCAGUGCGCACAAGAGCAUGCGUUUUCGCGUCCCGGAGCGGUUUGUUUGCGGGGAAUGGGACAGCUUUCGUGAGGCGGCAGCAGCAGCGGAGGCGGCGUGUCUGGCGAUCAAAGGAGAGAAGAAGAUUGCGUUUCAGGUGUUGGGUGAAAGGGAGAGGGAGGGGUUGAGAGGGUUGGGGAGGAGUGGUGCGGUGUGGAUGAUACGGGAGGGGGAGUGGGGGAGGUGGAGGGAGUGGAGGGUGGUGUUAGAGGAAUUGAUGGGGGGAAAUGGGAGAAAGAGGGAGAGGGAACAGGAGGAGAGGGGGACGGAGAUUGGGAGAGGGAAGAGGAGGCAUGCUGUAAGUGGAAAUGAGGCUUUUGCGUGCAUCUCAUAA